GCUGAAAUGCCUGCGGCCUAGGCCGCCGGUGUCACAUAGCUCGCCACGUUUCAGCGAGCCAUGAAUGUCACGUUUCAGAACUUCGUCAAUAAGACGCGGUUAACGCAGGGAAUGACUAACUUCUGCGUCAUCGUAUACAUGGACGACAUCCUGGUUUAUUUGGAGACCUAUCAUGGGCAUGCACAACAUAUCGAGUGGACGUUGGGUGCUCUGAAAGACGCUGGAUUCAAGAUUGCGCUCGAAAAGAGUGAAGUUUUCCUUUCGGAAAUCUUAUUCUUGGGCUACGUCGUGACACGUGGAGGACUGCGGCUUCACUCAAGAAAGGUCGCGGCGGUGAAGGAAGCUCCUGUCCCCACGUCACUGACUCAGGUUCGAGCCUUCUUGGGGUUAGCCUCGUAUUAUCGUCGUUUUAUCAAAGGCUUGGCCGCGAUUGCACGACCCUUAACGAACUUGUUGCAAAAGGACCAGCCCCUUAGUUGGGAUGCAGAGUGCGAACGGGCCUUCACGACCCUCAAGGACGCUCUGGCAACGACACCUAUUUUGAUCCGGCCGGACCCCGCGAAGCAGUUCAUUCUCAUCACGGUCUGGCAGCCGGAGGCUAUUUCCGCUAUUUUAGCGCAGAAGGGGAACGACGACAGCGAACACGUCAUUGAAUAUGCGUCACGAACGAUGCCAGACGAGCGGAGAAAUGACUCAGCCCCACAGGGCGAAUGCUACGCAGUAGUGUGGGGAAUCCAACACUUCCAUCCGUGUCUGUAUGGACAUAAGUUUCUGCUUGUCACCAAUCACGAGCCUUUGCUAGCGCUGAAGCGACUCACUAAUUACACGGGCAUGAUUGGACGUUGGGCGGUGCGCCUACAGGAAUACGACUUCGACAUCAUCCAUCGAAAGACGGAGAGGCACGACAACGCGGACAGACUGACACGUUUGCAUCGACCAGCUAAAGUGCCUAAGGCGGAAGAGAUCAUCCCGUGGAAGAAACCGGAAUCAGCGAACGGACCCAAGUAUGGACAAGUGGCGGCCCUUCCACGUGGCAAGAAGCAGGCAGGUGGCCAUGGGUGACGGAGGUAACCCUACAACUCCCCUCUCUCCCCUCUCCUCCUCAUCUCUCCUCUCCCUGCCUGAUAAAUUUUGUUCUUUUUG